AUGAAUCCAUUAAAAGACAAGAUUUUAAGAGAAAUAGUAGAAGAAUUAGAAAGAAAAAAUAUAAUUCGAAAAUCAGAAAGUGAUUGGAACUCACCUGCUUUGGUGAUACCAAAAGCAAAUGGAAAACACAGAUUAGUAAUAGCUUAUAAUUAUAUAAACGAAUUAUUUGUAAAAGAAAUUACACCACCUCCACUUAUUACAGAAGUAAUAGAUAAUUUAAGAGAAGCUAAAUAUUUUACAACUAUUGAUUUAACUGAUGGUUAUUACCAAAUUACCUUACAUCCGAAUAGUCGUAAAAUAACUGCUUUCACAGCUGGAAAAAUAAAAUAUGAAUUCAAUAGAUUAUCACAAGGAUUGGUAAAUGCACCAUCUAUUUUCCAAAAAAUAAUGAAUUGUAUUUUAAAUGAAGAAAUUGGAACCUUUACAACAUGUUAUAUGGAUGACAUACUUAUUUACAGUGAAACUAAAGAAGAUCAUUUAUUACAUUUGGAAAAAAUAUUUAAAAAUUAG